AUGAGGGCCCUGGAGAAGGGACAGGAUGACAGCAAGCCACAGAAGGUCCGAACAAACAAGGCCCCGCCCAAGCCCACCCCCCGGGGGCGGCCUGCCCCGGAGGGGGGCCCGCAGCCAGCGCGCACCCCCAGGAAGGCCGGCUCCAGGGCCCAGGUGGCCCGCCCGCAGCCCCACAGACCCCGGCGGCCCCAGCCCCGGGCACCCAAGGAGAUCCCCCCCGAGGCUGUGAGAGAGUAUGUGGACAUCAUGGAGGCGCUGCUGGGGCGCGGCCACGCAACCGCGGGGCCGCCAGCAGGGGAACGCGGAGAGCAAGGCGCGGAGCCCCAGCGGGACGAGGACGCGACCUCCCCGGACCCCGGGCUCCUCAGCUACGUUGACCAGCUGUGCUCCCAGGAGGACUUCAUCACCAAGGUGGAGGCGGUCAUUCACCCACAAUUCCUGGCAGAACUGCUUUCCUCGGAACCACAGCUCGAUCUUUUGGCCCUCGCUGAGAUAUUGGAGCAGGAGGAAGGACUCACCCUUGCAGAGCUGGUGGAGAAAAGACUGGUGGCCUUGAUGGUGGAGGAGGGUGUGCCCACACCCCCGCGUCACUGCAUCUCCCGUCUGGACCCCAGUCCUGGGUGUAAGCCCAGGGCCUGGCUAGAGGGCAGCGGUGAAGCCUGCCCACCAGAGCCCGAGUGCCAGGACGUCCAGGGGCACAGCCGGGCACACGCGCACCCGUCCAGACCCAGAGUGUGUGCCGUGUCUCCAGGACGACAGGAGUUGUCUGCUCUCCGGGCUGGUCGGCCCCCUUCCCCUCCCCAGGGGCCAGAGCCCCCCUCCCGUCCACCCGACUCCAGCGACGCCCCCAUGUUCAGAGAGGCCCCUCCUGCUAGGGAGCCUGGCGGGCCAGCGGGUGGGGCCAGUGAGGAUGAGGACGAGCUGCCCAGCCUGGCCUUCCUCCUGGCCUCUCAGCAGAGCCUGCUGCCCUGGGGGCUCUCCCAGAGUCCUGCUCCUGCCUCAGGCCUCGCCAGCCCUGGGCGGUGCCCGCCUCUGGCGGUGCCCCAGAGAAUAGGCUGCAGCCCAGCCGGCCCCCCAGCUACCAAGCCG